UUGUAUCUCAGUUUUGUUCACUGAUUAUCCACUUCGAAAAUAUCCUAAAUAUCCUACUAGCUUUACCGACACACCAGGUUCUCUCUCCGAUAGCAUAAGGUAUGAUCUCUCGCUCGCGCCGUCUAUUUCUCACUUUCAUAAGCAUUUUCUCGCAUCGAACAAUCGUACGUUUCUUAAUUAGGGUUUUCGGUUCAUCCACGUCUGAAGCAAUUCACCAAGCUGCUCUUUCCAUUAGGUGACCUACAUAAGCUGUUGUUGAAUUUCGCUUCUGCUAAUGCAGUUGAGUUUAUGAGGGUGAGGAAUUGUUACCGUGAAUAAUUGGCCUAAUAAGCACUCAAAGGAAUGAUUCUUUCUGCUCUUUUAACAUCUGUUGGAAUCAAUCUCGGCCUCUGCCUUUUGUUUUGCACUCUAUAUUCUAUAUUGAGGAAGCAGCCAGGUAACAUCAGUGUUUAUGCACCACGCUUGAUUGCUGAGAGAAAUGCUCAAGAGAGAACUGAUUUCAACUUGGAAAGGUUAUUACCUUCUCCCGGCUGGGUGAGAGAGGCUUGGCGGCCCUCAGAAGCAGAACUAUUGUCAAUCUCAGGAUUGGAUGCUGUAGUAUUCAUGCGUAUUUUCACAUUUGGUUUCAAAGUAUUUAGUUUUGCUGGAAUUAUUGGGGUUUUCAUUCUUCUUCCUAUUAAUUAUUUGGGGAAUCAGCUAAGUGCUGAUUUUUCUGAUUUGGCAAACAAGUCUUUGGACUCAUUCACUAUUUCAAAUGUCGACAAUGGAUCAAACUGGUUAUGGAUUCACUUCUCUGCUGCGUAUGUUUUCACAGCAAUUGUCUGCUAUCUUCUUUAUUUUGAGUACAACUAUAUUUCGUCAAAAAGGAUUGCUUAUUUCUACUCAUCUAAACCUCAGCCACAUCAGUUCACUAUUUUAGUUCGAAGUAUCCCUGCCUCAUCUAGCAGCAGUUUCAGUGAAAGUGUCGAGAGCUUCUUCAUGGAGAAUUAUCCUUCUACAUACCUCUCAAAUUCUGUGGUUCGUCGAACAAGCAAAAUUCAAGGGCUCAUUAGUGACGCAGAUAAAAUGUAUAGAAAGCUUGCCCACUUGAAAUCAACAACCCACACUCAACAAAGGUUCAGGCGUGAUGGCUUUUUGGGACUUUUUGGACGCAAAGUUAAUAUUCUAGAUCAGUAUGAAAAGAAGCUAGAAGAUCUGGAAGAUAAUAUGAGAAUGGAGCAAACUUCUAUAGUGGGAAAGGAAGUUCCAGCUGCUUUUGUGUCAUUCAAAUCACGGUUUGUUGCUGCAAUAGCAUUACACAUCCAACAAGGUGUCAAUCCUAUAGAGUGGGUCACUGAGCCAGCCCCUGAGCCUCGGGAUGUUUACUGGCCCUUCUUUUCUGCGUCGUUCAUAAAAAGAUGGAUUUGGAAGCUUGUGGUUUUUGUCGCGUAUAUUCUUAUUACAGUUCUAUUUCUUAUUCCGGUUGUCUUAGUGCAAGGUCUUACUAAUCUGGAACAGUUGGAGACCUGGUUCCCUUUUCUGGAAAGCAUACUGGAGCUCACAGUCGUCAGUCAAGUGAUUACAGGAUAUCUUCCUAGUCUCAUUCUUCAGCUGUUUCUAUCCUUUGUGCCUCCCAUCAUGAUAAUGUUUUCAUCCUUGCAAGGGUACAUUGCACUUAGUCAGAUUGCAAAAAGUGCAUGUAUUAAGGUACUAUGUUUUAAGAUAUGGAACAUUUUCUUUGCAAAUGUACUAUCGGGAACAGCUCUCUACCAAUUUAAUCUCCUCCUUGAGCCGAAAAAGAUUCCCAGCCUAUUGGCUGAAGCCGUUCCAGCACAGGCAUCGUUCUUCAUUGCAUAUGUUGUGACAUCUGGAUGGACUAGUACAUCUUCAGAACUCUUUCGACUGAUUCCCCUCAUCUGCAGUUUUUUUAAAAAGGCUAGUGAUGAGGUGCCUUCAAUUUCUUACCACAGCGAAAUUCCCAAGAUUCUCUUUUUUGGACUUCUUGGUAUAACAUACUUUUUACUUUCACCCCUGAUUCUGCCAUUUCUCUUGGUUUACUACUGUCUGGGAUUCAUCAUCUACCGUAACCAGUUGUUGAAUGUUUAUGCACCAAAGUUUGAGACGGGUGGGAAGUUUUGGCCCAUAGUGCACAAUUCAACAAUCUUUUCUUUGGUACUGAUGCAUAUCAUUGCCAUUGGAAUAUUUGGGCUGAAGAAACUUCCGGUAGCUUCCAGCUUAAUAAUUCCUCUUCCAGUUCUUACUCUUCUGUUCAAUGACUAUUGCCGAAAACGGUACUUGCCCAUAUUUAAGGAAUAUCCUGCUGAGUGUUUGAUAAAGAAGGACAGAGAUGACCAAAAUGAUCCUACAAUUUCUGAUUUCCUCGAUAAAUUAGUUACUGCAUAUCAAGAUCCAGCUCUGAUGCCAACCCAACAUUCUGGAAGCGGUGAUAGGCGCACCUCUCCCCUCCUUCAUGCUGCUGAGGAUUAAAGUUGGAAGGUAUUUUUGUCUCUCUGAGAUCUAGGUUUUAGAGAACUAGUACUUUUUGAUAAUACAUUCCUGUAAAUGAUUUGCAAUGGCGAAGACUAGGAGAAAGUUUUUGUACUUAUUUUAACAUAAAAUUUUAGUCUGACAAGUAAAUGUUUGAACUGUUUGCUAUAUUUUUGCCUGUAUCAUUUCAUUGUAUAAUAUCUCGUGUCAUUUUAUUUUUUAUUUUCUCCCUUUUUCCUAA